UCUCCAAAUAUUAUCUAAAUCACCUUGCAUAUUCUCAACCUAAUACCGAAGAGGAGUUAUAUUUUCCUUCAAAAAGGCAUACUCUUAGUCAUUUAGAAUUAAGGAAGAUUAAAGAACAUUUUUCUGUAUCUUACAAUGUCAGAAGUCGAAAAUUGAAUACUUUUUCUUCAUUUGGUAUAAAAUACAAACGUUUACAUACAAAAAAAGGUCAUCAAAAUGGAUAA